AUGGCAUUCAGGAGGCAAGUGAAAAACUUUGUGAAAAAUUACUCAGAAGCUGAAAUAAAAGUCAGGGAAGCAACUUCUAAUGAUCCUUGGGGGCCUUCUAGUUCCCUGAUGUUAGCUAUCAGUGACCUGACUUUCAACACGAUUUCUCUCUCAGAGAUUAUGAAUAUGCUAUGGCAGAGACUAAACGACCAUGGGAAGAACUGGCGCCAUGUGUAUAAAUCCCUUAUGCUAAUGGAUUAUCUCAUCAAGAAUGGAUCUAAGAAAGUCAUUCAGCUUUGCCGAGAGGGGUUCUGUAAAGUUCAAAUACUAAAAGAUUUUCAACAUAUAGAUGAAGCUGGAAAAGACCAAGGUUAUCAUAUCCGGGAAAAGUCUAAGCAAGUCAUAACAUUGCUGAUGGAUGAGCAAUUGCUCCAUAAAGAGAGGGAAGUAGCAUGUCGGACUAGACGGCGUAGCUCCUACUCUAUGGCAUUUUCUAAAAGAUUACCUCAUACAGGUAACUCUCCAACAGCCUGGGCUUCUGCCCCCACACCAGAAGUUCCUGCCUCAGAGAAGUGUAAGCUUCUUAAGGUUGCAAGGCUAUGUAAAAGAAAGAACACUUCCAAGGCUGGAUGGAAACAAGAGCAGUGGCAAGACAUUCAGCAGCCUGGUGAUGCUGUGUUGUCCCAGGAAACACUACCUCUCAAGUUCACUGCUUGGAAAUCAACAGAGGACCUGAUGUUAUUUUAUGAGGAUGACCCAAAGCCACUUUUGCCGACAAUUCCUCCAGCCAUUAUCUCGUCAUCUACAUGGUUGUCAGAAGGGCAAGCAGAAGAUUGUAACCUCUGGAAUGCAGAUGCUGUAUCUACUCCCUCAGAAAAAACCCCAUCUCUGCAGACAAAUGUGAAUUUGGACAAGAAACCAGAGAGUACCAUUAGAAAUACUGUAACAGAAAACCCUUUUCAAAUGCCGCUAGAAAAGCAGUCAAAUGCAACAAAUUUUGAAAUAUUGACAACUUUAUCAGCAUUUGGGUCAUCAAGUAAAGAAGAGUCUAUCCAUCCAAGUGUAAGAAUAUCCAAGUCGGACUCGACUUUCUGUAACCAGGCCUCUGUAGAGACACUCUAUGUCUCUCCCUCGUUCAAGACGUUUGACCCAGCAGAGACUAUGAUCAAUAAGGACUCUCAGAAACCAGCCCAGCCCAGCAUUGCUCAGAGGGAUGUUGAUAUUCUCAAGAGCUUAACGGAAUGGGUGUCAACCACCUCUGAGGGGACAUCCUCCUUUUCUACUCUAUCCAUGUCGUCUCCUGACACGGCCUCUCCAGACAAGUCUGCUCCUCUCUUACCCCGGAUUUUGGCUGGACCUUCCUACUGGGCUUUGUCCCAUCAACAGUCUUCUUCUGUCUCCUUUAAAGAUAAAGAUAAGACAGCCAGGGUUCGUCACCCCUUUGCUCCUAGGAGCUCACUGUCUUCUGAUGAAGAAUCUGACAACUUCAAUCUACUGGAAAGUCUUCCAGAUAACUCUGAUUCUGCUAACAAGAAGAUAAGUCAUAUUUCCCGCAGUAAUUGGGUAGGGUUUUCCACCCAAAAUGUAGACCGCUUCACCUCGGUGCCCUGUUCUAGUUUUCAGACAACCAAAGGCCUGCCUCAGGAGCCCAAAGCAAACAAUUCCAUUCAGGGUCUUCUAGGGGAGGUGAAAAAUGCAAUAGUCAAAUUACACGAAGAUCUGAGUAUGGUGAUACAAGAACUUGGUGUCAUCAACAGCCAUCUGGUAAGAAUGAGUGGGAAUAGCCCCCAAAUCAGCACGGCUUCGCCGCUGCCCCAGUCUUCUGAGGAGAGCUCAGAUCAAAUAGAAUCAUCCCAGUAACCAUUUCUGAUAGAGCUCAUGUGGUUCCACUUCCCCGAAACUGAGUUAACCUGCUAUAGGUUCUCAUUACUAUGGCAAAAUAGACUGACGGUUUGAUUUUUCUUUGUCAGAUUUAUUAACAGUAUCUUGCACAUCAAUAAAUUCACUUGGGUGGUUUAUUUUUUUAAACAGAAAAGGUUCACCUUUGAUAAUAUUUUCAGAUUUAGAUAUUAGUUCAUUUGAAACUGAAGAGAAUUUCAUUCUUCCAUGCUCUGUACUUUAAAUCAAAAUACAUUUAAAUAUCAGUGAAGGCUAUGGUAAGACCUCACAUGGGAAAUGGCUAUUCUAGAGCUCUGGGGGAAGCUGGUAGCGAGGGGCCCUUUACUUCUCAUCUGUGUGGGGUAUCACUGUCAACAAGCCUUUGCCUUGAGUGAGGAAGACUGAGUCUGGGGCACAGGUUUUACAUGUUCUCACGCCAGGUUUCUGUCCUGCAAACCAAGGGCCAGAACCUUCCCCUCCUUGUGGAUGCCACAUUGGUUGGGAGUUUAGUUGAGACAAAAAGAACAUGGAAUAGGUUUUUGUUCAU